ACAGUCCUCAUGUUAUCUAUAUCUAUUAUUACUUCUAAUAUAUUCAAUAUACUAGCAGUUGUUUCUGCGUUUUCGGAAAUACGUUCGAAGUUGAGAAAUCACUAAUAAGCUUAGUGAAAUAGUGAAAUAGUCAUCUACGAUUGGGGGCCCAAUCUGGUCAUGUCUCUGCUGGCUGCAAAUUUGCACGCUCUACGUCGCUUUGCUCUUCCAGUUGCAUCGAGACUGUGUGCAUUACGCUCAAUGACCGCAUCGAAGAGCACAUCAGAGCACCGCUGGAAGGCAGUUCUGUUCGACGCGGGUGGAGUCUUGACUCUCUCGCCUUUCCCAGUUUUUGGACGUCUGGAGCGCAAGUACGGACUGGCAGACGGAGCUCUGACGAGAAUCAUUCAAAAUCGAGGAGCGAGGGGAGCAUUUCGAAUGCUCGAGCGCGGAGAGCUGUCUGUGUCAGAAUUUGCAUCGAAAUUUAAUUCUGAGGUUUUAUCUGCGACUGGGAAGGAGUUUGAUGCUUGUGAGAUGAUUAGGGAGCUCGAGGAGGUGACGUCGUAUGUUAAGCCGGAGAUGUUGGAUGCAGUGCAGUGUAUUCGAGCAGAGGGGCUGAAGACAGCGGUCAUCACGAACAACUGGUUGUCGGAUCGACAGAAAGCAGCUUGGUUGAAUGGAAAGAUGUUGUUUGAUGAGAUUUAUGAAAGUGCUAAGGAGGGAAAGUCAAAACCCGAUCCUACAGUCUACAGUACUGUGCUAUCGAGGCUGGAUGUGAAACCAGAAGAGGCAUUGUUUCUUGAUGACAUCGGCAGCAACCUAAAGACAGCAGCUGAUCUUGGAAUAUACACAAUCAAAGUGGCAAAGGAAAAUGGGCAUGCACAGGCACUGAGUCAAAUUGAGAAACUUCUUGAAUUUUCAUUGUCAGGAUUCGUUCCUGGCACGACUGCUGUAAAGAAGGCUCACAUGUUACCAACUGAUAGGCUUACAGCAUAUCUUCAGGAAAAGCUAGACUUGACUGACCGGCAUGGGCAUUUGAACAUUAGAAAAUUCAAGCACGGUCAGUCAAAUCCAACAUAUUAUAUAAGCUAUGGAGGUCAACAACUCGUUUUAAGAAAGAAGCCGCCUGGAAAGUUGCUGUCGUCUGCUCAUGCAGUAGAGCGAGAGUAUAGGGUUAUGAAAGCUGUGGCUUCACAGGGUGUUCCUGUGCCAAAAGUUCUUGAUCUUUGUGAGGACUCAAGUGUGAUUGGCACUCCGUUUUAUGUUAUGGCAUACAUAAGUGGUCGUAUCUACACUGAUGCAGCAGUACCGGAAAUGUCUUCUGCAGAGAGACGGGCUGUCUUUUCUGCCAUGAACAAAACCCUAGCUGCCAUUCAUUCUGUUGAUAUUUCAGCUGAAGGUUUAAAAGAUUAUGGAAAGCCUGGUCAGUACAUUAGUAGACAAGUUUCACGGUGGACUAGACAAUAUGAAGCUAGUAAGACACAUACCAUUGAAGCUAUGGACAAGCUGAUAGCUUGGCUACCUGAACACCUUCCGCAUAAAGAUCGAACGACACUUGUACAUGGUGACUAUAGGCUCGACAACUUAAUAUUUUCCACUGAUUCCGGAGACCCCAAAGUUGUGGCGGUUCUGGAUUGGGAAUUGUCGACGCUCGGUGAUCCUCUUUCUGAUCUAGCUUACAACUGCAUGGGUUAUCACUUGGGACCAGGAUUCCCUGCUUUGCAAGGUUUGGCAGGUGAAGAUUUGGAGUCACUAGGCAUUCCAACCGAGGAACAGUAUGUUGGCGAUUAUUGCCGGCAAAUGGGCUUUGAUAGUAUAGAAGACUGGCAGUACUAUUUGGCAUUUUCGUUUUUUCGUGCUGCAGCCAUCCUCCAAGGUGUAUACAAGAGAGCCACACAAGGUCAAGCCAGUGCUGCAAACGCAGAAGCUGUUGGCAUGAUGACACAGUAUAUAGCCGAGCUUGGUUGGAGAUUUGCUGAAAAAUCACAAACACAAAAGUCAAAGCUGUAGCCAGUUGGCAUAGAACUGUGUUUCAUUUGUUUUCGUGUACGAAUACGAUAUCCCUAGAUAGAUACUCAAAUGCAGAGAAGUGCACAGUUAUAAAACAUAUACAUGAUCUAGAUAUUCAAUUACAAGAGAUCAGCGCA